AGCCAAUCAGCUUUCAGUUUUUUUUUUUUUGUCAAAGCUUAAUUGAACAAGCUGCAGUUUGAAGCUGAUUGGUUGCCAUGCACAUUUGCACCAGAUUCUGAGUGCACCAGUUUUAGUAAAUCUCCCCCAUAUGUUGAUUAACCUCCCUGGCAGUAUUCCUGAGUGUAGCUCGGGGUAAAGUUUCAGUACCACAAGCGGUAACCCCGAGCUACACUCGGGCUUACCAUGCGACGCUGCUCUGGGAUCCCUCGAUCACUUACCUUGUCCUGCGCUCCCGCGAUUUCCCUCCUGCAGUGUCCCCGGCAAUGUAAUCCGGCGAAUGCCGGCAUCUGUCAUCUGGGUUCCGUCCCCUGUGACGUCGGGACAUACGGGGAUGGAACGGUGGGAAAUUUGAAAAUGACAAAAAGUCACAUUCACUAAAAUCAC